AUGGCCCGCUCUCUCUUCUUGACCGGUGCUGUGCUCCUUUGCAGCGGUGCGCUUUUGACGGCCUUCGUGGCCGCACCCCGUGCUGCUCCGGCGCCAACCGCGCCGCAUGCCGCCACCGCAGCCCUGAGCGCCAUGACGCUGGUGGCCCCUCAGGCAGCGCAUGCCGAGGGCGGUGCCGUGUGGAUCCCGGCGCUUUCCGCCAUCGGCGCCGGCUUCGCCAUCGGUCUCGCGGCCAUCGGCUCGGGUGUGGGCCAGGGCAUUGCCAGCGGCCGCUGCAUUGACGGCAUUUCCCGUCAGCCGGAGGUCGCAGACGACCUCCGCGGUGUCCUGCUGCUGUCCCUGGCCUUCAUGGAGUCCUUGACCAUCUACGGUCUUGUGAUUGCCCUGGUCCCUGCCCCAGAAGUUCUGAAGACUCCGAGUUCGGAUUGCCAUCACAUGAACCAGAGCAAGAUGUCUGCCGAGGUGAGCUUAGCCGAAGGCUUGCAAGGCGGACGUGCUCACGUGAUUCAACUCGGCUCAGUUUUAGCGUUUCUCCCGAUGGCCCGCUCUCUCUUCUUGACCGGUGCUGUGCUCCUUUGCAGCGGCGCCAUCACGCUGGUGGCCCCGCAGGCAGCACACGCCGAGGCAGACGGGAAGGACGGUGCCGUGUGGAUCCCGGCGCUCUCCGCCAUCGGCGCCGGCUUCGCCAUCGGUCUCGCGGCCAUCGGCUCGGGUGUGGGCCAGGUCGCAGACGACCUCCGCGGUGUCCUGCUGCUGUCCCUGGCCUUCAUGGAGUCCUUGACCAUCUACGGUCUUGUGAUUGCCCUGGUCCCUGCCCCAGAAGUUCUGAAGACUCCGAGCGGUGCGUCAGAGGAAGAGGAAGAGAGCGUGCGCUCGGAGAAAUGUGUGGGCAUCUCGGUUUGGGGCAGCUCUUGCAUCUUGUUCUUCGAAUCUGAUCACUGUCGUCUUCCCCAGCCCCAGCUCGCUGAACCACGGGGGAUGGCCCGCUCUCUCUUCUUGACCGGUGCUGUGCUCCUUUGCAGCGGUGCGCUUUUCACGGCCUUCGUGGCCGCACCCCGUGCUGCUCCGGCCCCAACCGCGCCGCAUGCCACCACAGCAGCCCUGAGCGCCAUCACACUGGUGGCCCCGCAGGCAGCACACGCCGAGGACGGUGCCGUGUGGAUCCCGGCGCUCUCCGCCAUCGGCGCCGGCUUCGCCAUCGGUCUCGCGGCCAUCGGCUCGGGUGUGGGCCAGGGCAUUGCCAGCGGCCGCUGCAUUGACGGCAUUUCCCGUCAGCCGGAGGUCGCAGACGACCUCCGCGGUGUCCUGCUGCUGUCCCUGGCCUUCAUGGAGUCCUUGACCAUCUACGGUCUUGUGAUUGCCUUGGUGCUCCUCUUCGCCAACCCCCUCAUCAAGUGA